AAGGCAUCUCCACAUUCGUUAAAUCCGCUCUGAGUACGCCCCGAUUACCGGGCGUGUCUCUGCUGUGCUGAUGAAGAUUCCGGUUUUUUUCAGGCUGCUCCACCUGCUUUAAACCGUAGCAGGUUUGAAUCCGAUUUAGUCUAACAGCAGCAGCAGCAGCAGCAGGAUGGCCUCCAACACUGGGACUAUGGCAAACCUCCCCAGCGGGGUCGGAAUAUGUACCACCAUCCCCGACAUCUUGUACCUGCCAGAACUGGUUUUUGGUGGUCUGGUGUGGAUCUUGGUGGCAUGCACAUUGGUAGUGCCACAAAAUCCUCAGGGCUGGGUCAUGUUUGUCUCUGUCUUCUGCUUUGUGAUGACUUUUAUCUGGAUGGUGGUGUUUGCCUGUGGGAGCCAUCAUAAUAAAGCCAGCUGGGCAGCAGCAGACUUUUUGUAUCACGGCAUUGCUGCAUUCUUCUACCUCAGUGCUUCAGUGGCGUUGGCCAAAGUGACGCUGGAUCUGAGUGGAAAACAGGGCAACUCCACGACUACACAACUACGCAACUACAAGUUGGACAUCUCUGCAGUGGUUUUUUCAUAUGUGGCAACUCUUCUCUACUUCGUCCACACAAUCCUGUCUGCCAUCCGAUGGAAAUCUUUCUAGAAGCUUCCUUCCUAUAAACCUCAUGAGCAGCACCAUAACUGAACUGAUUUUCAUUUUGUACAUACGGAAAAGCUACGGCAUGCUGAUAUGACGGGGGUUUGGUGAUGAAGACUGUCAAGUUACUGAUCUGGCUUUUCCCUCUGCUAAAAGAAGCACAAUCUGGAUCUCACUGUGCCUCACACUGCCUCAUCUCUACUGUUAACUUCCAGAAUACCAUACCACAGUAUCACUACUUAGAACCACAAGAUUAAAACCAGGGGCCACACAGUGUGUAGGUUCAUCUCUGAUCUGUGAGGGCAUGGGUACUGAUAUUUGUGUAUGUGCUGGGAUGCCAAGCACUGGAAUGCGAAGGGUGGAUCCUUUGCUCUCCUUAUCACAAUAAUAAUGGGAUCUGAGAUUAACACCUUAGAUUUGUUUCAGAUUUUAUUUGCCAUUUUAAAUAGUGAAUGUUCUCAUUUUGCAUACAUUUUUAAGUUGACAUAAAGUUUUCCAACAAAACCUUGGUUUGUAGUAAAAUAAUCAAUGCUACGUAUAUGUCAGUAGUUUUAAUGUUGUGGCUGUUUUGUGCUCAUAAUCACUACUCAAGCUCUUAUUAUAUAGAAGUGUCAGAACGCCAAAAUAAAGAAUAACCAGGAUAGGAACAGAAUGAUUGUAUAGCCAGACAUAAAAAGAUUUAUCGCUGCCCUGCAAAACUGAGCAAGCCAGCUUACUUAGAAAGAAUGAGGGACUAGAGAGACAAGCUACACAUUAACUUAGUGUCACUUUUAUUUGCUGAUAUCAGAACACCUGAUAUCAUUUGGCGAGGAAUGAACUUAUCACUUCAUUUAUCAUUCUGCUCCACUCAAUGAAAAUAAUAUUUGACAUAUUUCGUUUAAAUUAAUGUGAUAAUUAAUUUAUCAGUGAUUAAUUUCAGGUUUCCAUGGGCCCUUUACUCCUUCUCUUGUCUUCAUUAUUAUUUGGAUAACUUUGUCCUUUAAUGAAAACCUUUAGGUUGUUAUUAUUAUUCUGCUCUCAGCUGACUAAAGAAAGGAUCGGGUGGGGAAACAUUUAUAUUUUUGUAGGUUUAUUAACAUUGUCAAUAAGAACAAAAAGAAAAUCAACUGCUGAACACUACAGGAAAAUAGAUGAUAUUUUUUCUUUUUUAUUAUAAGCCUUUUUAACUUUCAGCUUAACUUUUGUCAUUUUUGAACAACAAACUGAUUUCAUUGAAAUUAAAUAAAUUUGGGUUUUUUUC